CUACCAGGCGCGUCCCCAGGUGGCGGAUAGGGGAACGGCCUAAGCGAAUGAGCGUAAGUGACGCAUAGGCUAAUGCUAGGGAUAAGGAUGCUCGUCGCUUAUGAAACAGCGACUGGAAGCAACCAAAGACAGCAUCGCGGACCAGCUACCCCGCCCGGCUGUCGUGUCGUGGCCAAGGGCUUGCACGGGGUUUAACGGUGCCGACAUGUGUUCGAUGCGCAGAACCAUGUUGAUAUACCAUGCAUGAUCCUGGGGAGCUCAGGAUGGUGUGGGGGGUCUUGGCUUUACCGCCCGGACCAAGAGGAGACAACCUCAUCAAACAACCUAAAUCCUAAGGGUCAGAGGGCCGGACCGAAAGGAUGCGUGGCUGAAUAGAGGAUCAGCAACUACCGGCCCCAACCUCGGAGCACCGGGCGCCACUCCGUUGUAUUAAGUCGCCUUGCACGUGUGCAGGGGGCACCGCGCGUGUGGACGUUCUUUUCCCCCAGACUCGUGGGACUUAUAUGGACCAAGAAAAACAAAACAAAAUUCCUACUCCCGGAGCACCUGGUACUGGAGAGCCUAAAAAACUCUCCGGGGCAGCGCGCCGGAAGCUAAAGAAGAUGAGGCAGGAACCAGGGGGCUCCAAGCCACCUGACCUCCCAUCUGAAGUGGGACGACCUGGGGGCUCCAAGCAACCAGGCAACCCAUCAACUAAAGCUGAGCCAAAGACUGGGACGCAAAAGCGACACCGGUCUGAGGGCAGCACUCCAAAAGGAGGUGCCUCCAAAAAAGUUAAAACUGGGACCGUAAAGGACACCAGAACUUUUAGUGAAGCAGCAACAGGCUUCAGAAUGGCUUUCGUCCAUGAAGACCUGGAAGGAACGCUGUCGGAGGAGGAGACAGGGCGACUACAGACCUGGAUCCUUGACCGAGUUGACGCUUUGGCCGUUGGGGCGGUUUCGCCCAAAUUCACAGAGUGUCGCCACCGAGGGGGAGCGCUGUUGAUAACGUGCGCAGACCAGGCAUCGGUGGACUGGCUGAGGUCGGAGCUAGGGAGUGUAGCUCCGUGGGAGGGUGCGAAACUUCGAUUCGUCGAAGCCAAGAACCUCCCAAAACCGAUUAGGGCUCACGUCUGGAUCCCCGGGGCUCAAGUUGAACCGGAGAAGAUCCUGAAAAGGAUCGAGAUCCAGAAUGCUGGUGUGACAACCAGCAAUUGGCGCGUGGUUGACAGGAAGGAGGAUCCCAAGGGACAAACUUUGAUUGUCCUUAUGGACCAAACUUCCUGGGAGAAGAUGGGGGCCACGUGCAACCAUCGGCCCUAUGUGAACUUCACUAGGGUGACGUUCAAACUCCUCUCCAAGACGAAGGUGGAAGAAGAGGAGGUGACACGAAUGGAGUGCGAAGAGGCAGCAGCAGGUGAGGGGCUCUCAGAAGAACCUCAACCAACUGCGCCAACCACCGCACUUCAUUAGGUAGGUUCGGUCUUACUCUUCUC